GCGGCCCCCCUUCAGAAGCGUGCGUUAAGUCACUGCGGUUUUUUCUUUUUCUCGUUUUCCUGCUUUCCUGCUUUCCUUUUCGACCAUCAUCCAUUCGUUCACCGUCCAUCCGCCUCUCUCGUUUCCCGCCAUCGCCAGGUGUCGCGAAUCGCAGCUGAGCUUCUCGCCAUCCAUCGACUCUCGCUUCUCUCGCUCGCUCGCUUUUUUCCCACUCCCCUCGCUAUCUGUCUGUAUCGUCAAGUCAGCGCCGUAUUCUCGUAUUUCCACGUAUUACGGAAACGCAUCGACACGCAACCGUCGCAAUUUGUCGCGAUUCGCUUUUUUUGCCGACUUUGCGCUCGCCAUCUGGCCUUUCCUCGCGGAUUCGCAUGCUUCGAUUGGCGCUUUGAAAAUCGACUUGUGCCUCGGGUGUUGACAUCAUGAAGUCAUUCUUUGGGCCCGGCGCCAUCGCCGCCCUUUUAGCUGCGGCAGACAUCGCUGCCGCGCAACAGACGCCGUUUUCCAUUUCCUCAACCGAUGACAUCAAGAAAACAGCAGCCACCCUAUCGUGGGAUCUGCUCCAAUAUUACAAAGGAAAUGAGUCCGGCCAAACCCCAGGCCUUCUUCCCGGACCCCCUCCUGUUGGACCUUACUACUGGUGGGAAGCCGGUGCCAUGUUUGGCACGCUGAUCGAUUACUGGUUCUUGACCGGCGACAGCACCUACAACGACCUCGCCAUAGCAGGAAUUCAGUUCCAGACGGGAACCGACGACGACUUCCAGCCCCGCAACGAAACGCUCUCGCUGGGAAACGAUGACCAAGGCUUUUGGGGCAUGACGGCCAUGUUGGCUGCCGAGGAGAACUUUCCCAACCCCCCUGCUGGUAGGCCCGGGUGGCUGGCCCUGGCUCAGGCAGUCUUCAACACCCAGGCCAGUCCCGACCGUCACGAUGACACUUGUAACGGUGGUUUGCGAUGGCAGAUUCCCCCGACCAACAAAGGAUACCCAUACAAGAACAGUAUUGCCAAUGGCUGUUUCUUCAAUAUAGGAGCACGUCUGGCCCGUUACACUGGCAACACGACCUAUUUGGACUGGGCGGAGAAGACGUGGAACUGGUGGGCAGGCGUCGGCUUCUUGGAUGCCGAAACAUAUGCCAUCUAUGACGGCGCUGAUGUUGCGGUGAACUGCACCGACAUCAACAAGGCCGAGUUUUCGUACAACAGUGCAGUCUGGCUUCUCGGAGCCGCAUACAUGUGGAAUCAUACCAAGAGCGACGUAUGGAAAACCAGAGUCAACAAACUCGUCGAUCACGGCCUCGAGACCUUCUUCCCCAAAGGCAUUGCGUACGAGCCCACCUGUGAACCUUGGGGCACUUGCUCCACCGAUAUGUUAUCCUUCAAAGGCUAUGUCCAUCGAUGGUACGCUACUACAACGCAGAUUGCUCCUUUCACGGCUGGAAAGAUUCUUCCCGUGCUCAAAACAUCGGCGACGGCAGCCAUUAAGCAAUGCACGGGUGGCGCUUUCGGUCGCCAAUGCGGUUUCAAGUGGGAUUCGGGCAAGUAUGAUGGCGUCACUGGCGUGGGCCAAGAGAUGAAUGUCUUGGGCGCCGUUUCUUCUCUUCUCAUCGGCGGCAGCAAGGGCCCAGUAACCAACAGCACCGGUGGCACGUCGCAGGGCAAUCCCAACGCUGGCGCCAACCCGAACAGUUUCGAAAUACCUGUGACGCCAAUCACGGCGGGCGACAAGGCUGGCGCUUCAAUAGUCACCAUCAUUGUCGUCUGCUCCACCGUCUCUCUGCUCGGCUGGAUGAGCCUUGGCGCGUAAGCUGGCUUUGCAUCUCCGAGAGUAGACUUGUUCAAGUCUCUCGUGUUGGACAGAAGAAAAGAGAGGGAAAAAAAAAACAAAAGAAAGAAAAAAAAAAACACAAAUGGUCUUACGCUUAUGAUAAAGUUCCAUUGCAG